AUGCAUCCCAUUGUGCAUCAAGUACAGAAGGAGUCUAAGACUUGGGAGGCCCUCUUUGAGAGCCGGAAUCAGAGGGACACGGUGGAGACCUUUGAUCUGGACUUCCAGGGCUGUUUAGAGAGCCUGGAAGGAGUCAGCAACCCUAAGGACAGAGGAGGCCUAGAGGGGCUGCAGCUCUGCCAGGGGAAGGCGGAGAAACAGGAAAGAUCAACUGGAUUUCACUUUGGGGGGGAUUACAGGCUGCAGGUGAAGGGCUUGAUGGCAGUGCAGGACGGCUUGUGUGUGCAUGUGCCUUGCAGGUUCUCGCACCCCCGGGGCAACUGGUCUCACUCUACCCCAGCUCUCAGUUACUGGUUCUGGGAAAGGGUCAAUGUAUUCCAGGAUGCUCCAGUGGCCACAAACAACCCAGGUCCUAAAGUGCAGGAGGAGACCCAGGGCCGAUUCCACCUCUUCGGGAACACCCGGACCUAUGGCUGCUCCCUGGACAUCAGAGACUCCAGGAGUGGGGACAGUGGAAGAUACUUUUUUCAGGGGGGGAGGGGAGAGCAAAUGAAAUGGAGUUACACAUCUAACCAGCUCUCUGUGCGUGUGACAGCCCUGACCCACACACCUGACAUCCUUAUCCCGGGGAACCUAGAGUCUGGCCAUCCAAGGAACCACUGCUCUGUGCCCUGGACCUGUGAACAGGACAUGCCUCUCAUCUUCUCCUGGAUGUCACCGCCCCUCACAUCCCCAGGACCCAGGACCCUCCUCUCCUCAAUGCUCACCUUCACCCCACAGCCCCAGGGCCAUGGAGGCAUGCCUCUCACCUGUCAGGUGACCUUGCCUGGGGCUGGAGUAACUAUGAUGAGGACCAUCCAUCUCAACAUGUCUGCUGUGUCCGGUGAGGACGAUGUCGGCGCUGAACAUGCGCAGCAGGACAGCCUGGACGUCCCAGAGCGAGAUGCUCGUGUGGGCGAGCCCCAGCCCGACGCAGACACGAGGUACUCCCUGCCACACCGGCAGCAGAUCCUGCAGGAGGAGUCCUUGGGCUUCUCCUCCGCGGUACUCCCUGAUGCGCCGUACACGGCGGCCCCUUUCAGAUCCCAGCCUCCGCCCCUGGGGCUGCUCCGGAGGCUGAGCCAGAAGCUGCCUUUGGUGGCCAACCUGCCUCCCAGCACCAGACCAGCAUCCAUAGCCCUGGAGAACGGCUCAUCUCUUUCUGUCCUGGAGGACCAGUCCCUGUGCCUAGUCUGUGUCAUCAACAGCAACCCCCCCCCCCCCGCCAGGCUGAGCUGGGCCUAAGGGAGCUUGACCCUGUGCUCCUCAAAUCCCUUGAACCCUGGGAUGCUGGAGCUGCCUCAAGUGCGAGAAGAUGAGGGUGAAUUCACCUGCCGAGCUCAGACCAUGGUGGGCUCCCAGCAUUCCUCCCUGAGAAACGCAUGGCCUUUAUCAGAAGGGGUGCUGGGGGCAGUUGGGGGAGCAGCUGCUAUGGCUUUGCUCUUCUUGUUUCUCUGCAUCAUUGUCAUCACAGUGAGAUCCUGCAGGAAGAAAGCCACAAGGCCAGCAGUGAGCACCAGGAAUGUGGGUAUGGAAGAUGCAAAUGCUGUCACGAGAACAGCUAGUGUCAGCCUCCCCCCAAUCAUGACCCCCACCAUUGCCAAGUCUUCAUAA